AUGGCAAGAAGAUGUUAAUUUGAAAACUCCAACGACAUCGGAGUCUUCUGCAAACUCACAUCAGCAUACUGUUUAGUUUCCGUUGGUGCAUCUGAAAACUUCUAUUCUGUUUUUGAAUCUGAAUUGGUCCCCCAUAUUCCAGUUAUUCAUACAUCAAUAGGCGGUACUCGUAUCGUAGGCAGAGUAACUUGUGGUAACAAGAACGGUUUGUUGGUCCCUAACACUUGUAAUGACAAUGAAUUGAGAAAUAUUAGAAAUUCCCUUCCUGACAACGUCAGAGUAAGAAGAAUCGAAGAAAAGCUUUCAGCUUUAGGUAAUUGUGUUGUUGCUAACGAUUAUGUUGCCUUGAUCCACCCUGAUUUGGACAGAGAAAGUGAAGAAAUUAUUGCUGACACACUCGGAGUUGAAGUCUUUAGAACUACUAUUGCUAAUAACGUUCUCGUUGGUACUUACUGUGUUAUCAAUAAUAGAGGUGGUCUUGUUCAUCCUUUAGCUUCAGUUGAAGAGUUAGACGAACUUGCUAACCUCCUUUAAAUCCCCCUUUGUGCUGGUACAAUUAACAGAGGUUCUGAUGUUAUUGGUGCUGGCCUCGUUGUAAAUGAUUGGGCUGCUUUUUGUGGUUUAGAUACUACUUCUACUGAAAUCAGUGUUGUUGAAAAUAUAUUUAAAUUAAAUGAAAUGAAAGAUGAAAAUAUGGAUAAUGAAAUGAGAAAAGACUUCGUUAUGAACCUCGAGUGA